UAGAUUCAGACAACACACAGAACAUAAGUUAUACAUAAAAUGCACAAGGCAAUGGAGGGAAAAAAUACUCUGCUAAACGACACAGCGCAAACACAAUGCUAUAGCACCAUGUGCAAAUCCAAAGUGCCUUUUACGGCCGCUGAGAGAGCGGGGGGAGGUGUUCGCACCGUAUAGAAACGGGACCUUCGACAGUGCGGCACUCCCCCAGCACUGCUCGGAAUAUUCUGUGACCGAGUCUCUGCAGUGAGACGUGAACUCACAACCUUCGGAGAGGCAGCACUCACGUCGGUUAGAUAAUCCGUCGGUUGAGGCAUAAAUAAUUAGUGCCUAAUAGACCAGCUCCCGCCCCCUCCUCCACAGUCUGGACUUGAUACACUCGGCGCGCAGUAGCUGCAUUUCUCCCGGAUCUCCAGCAGGAAGCUGCAUUGCUCUAAGCGCCGGCACCUCUCCAUUUCCAUCUGUUGACCUCGACGGCAGAGAGAGAGCGAAGAAGGAAGGGGAAGAAGCUUUCGCCGACAAACUUGCCCGGAGUGGCGGCGGAGCGCUGGGUGCCCGGCCGUGCCGGAGGAGUCGUUGAUGUGGACUCCUUCAGUCCUUGGUAAGGAACUGCAUUUCACCCUCACACCCACUAUGUGGGUGAAGACAUUUUAGUGUUGGCAUGGAUUGCAUUAUUUGUGGUGCCUCUGCAGUUCACCAUCCUCGAUCCAGGGUUUGUGGGACAAGAUUCUACCAUUCACCUGUUCAUUAGAGGCAAUUUACAGUGGCUGACUAACCUAUCAAAUUGUACGUCUUUGGGCUGUGGGACGAAGCUGGAGCACCCGGAGAAAACCCACGCAGUCACAGAGAGAGUGUGCCAACUCCACGAGGAAGAGGUUAAUCCUCGUGCACUCUGCAACACAGUCACCAGCAACAGAUGUGCCAUUGACUCAGGGAUGGUUGAUGAGAUUUUGGCUUGCACGAGAAUUGGAGUAUUUCGGAUCAUUGCCAUUGUAUUUUGGGUUUGAAGAUUCUUGCUGCCCUGCUUGAUCUUUUUCUCCAAAAAUUGAUGACCGUGAGUCCCUGUUUGUCUUACUAUAAAGUGAUUUGGAUGUUCCCACUGGGAUUUGCUGCAUUUGAUUGUCAAACCUUGGGAUGUGGCUUUGCACCAACUUUACGAGUGAGCUCUGACCCCUUGAGAAGUUCCCACCAUUUCACACUCCAAGCUGAGCAGGUUUCGAAAGACGAUCUUUAAAAUGACCAGUCUUUUCCGACGGAGCAGUAGCAAUGGGAACUCCAAGGGUGGAUCUACCACUGCCCCGUCACAGCUGCUCAACAACAGCAGGCCGCCCCGCCAAGUCCGGAGACUUGAGUUCAACCAGGCCAUGGAGGACUUCAAGGUCAUGUUCCCCAACAUGGACUACGAUGUAAUCGAAUGCGUCUUAAGAGCCAACAAUGGAGCUGUUGACGCCACCAUUGACCAGCUCUUGCAGAUGAACUUGGACUGUGGAUUUGACAAUGGGUAUGAUGAGAGUUCAGACUCGGAGGACAGUAUCCCCCCAGAGAUCCUGGAGAGGACACUGGAGCCAGACAGCUCUGAUGAAGAAGCUCCUCCUGUGUAUUCCCCUCCUGCCUACGACAUGCAUGUAUUUGACCGGCAGUAUCAGCACGUCCCUCCUCUGCCCCCUCGACGGCUUGACAUCCCGAAUUCUAGUGGCAGCCAGUCACAGAGACGGUAUCGGAAUUGGAACCCUCCAUUACUUGGUAACCUACCUGACGACUUCCUGCGAAUUUUACCACAGCAGUCAGAUGUGGUGCAGAAUUCUCAGAAAGCCAAGAUUGGGACCAGCCAGGAGUCACAUGGGUCAACUGACCAGGAGCGGAAACUAAAGCAGUAUCUGGAGGAUGAGCGCAUUGCACUCUUCCUGCAGAACGAAGAAUUCAUGAAGGAGCUGCAGAGGAACCGCGAGUUCUUACUGGCACUGGAAAAGGAUCGGCUCAAGUACGAAUCUAAGAAAUCAAAGUCCGCUAGUGCAAAUGAAUCCUUGCCCAGCGACGACAUUAGUUUGCCUUCAGCAGUUCCAGCCGAGUCUGGUGCCUCUGGUGUUGCUGAAGCAAGCGGUGUAGCACUCGAUGAAGCCUUAUUCAGGGACAAACUAAAGCACAUGGGAAAAUCCACGCGGAAGAAACUCUUCGAGCUGGCCCGUGCUUUCUCCGAGAAGACGAAGAUGAGGAAGUUGAAGCGAAAGCAUUCCUUAAAACAUCACACUCUUGGAACAGCAGCCUCAACAGCAAACCUCCUGGAUGAUGUAGAAGGGAAUUCCCGUGAUGAAGAUAUCCAGUUCAGAAAGCAGACCGUGCCGGAGGAAGAUGAAGAAAAUAGGGAGAGAGAGUUAUGAUCCUGACAGCCUUGGACUGAAGGAGCCAUAUUCAGUGCUUACACAAAAGGACAAUUAGUCUUCACAGAUGAAGUUGGUGGCAGUUAAUGUACAUCCCUUCAUCUGCUUUUUAAUCACUUUUUCUGCAAUGAUUUAAGGCACAAUUAAAUGUGGAGGGGAGGUGGGGGGGAGUGGAGAAAUACCAGUCACCACCAUUGUAAGUCAAGGGUUUGAUGCAUUUACAUUUCUUUAACUCUGCAAUUCUCAAAUCCUAGAUGUGUAGAUCUUCUAGACCUUGCUGUUCCCUUAACCUUGACUUACAAUGGGAAGAGCACUAUUAGAGAGCUGGGUCUAGUUUUUAACCGUAACCUUGUAUUCCAAUAUAUUUUGAUAGAACAUGCCUUCUCCGGGCAUUGAAUUGUAUUUCAUAUGGACUGAUACAAGAUUCAACUACGAGUGUUAAUUCUUUAAUUUGGUAAUUAUAAUUGUUAAAUGAUGUCUUUGGAUUUUACGUGCCUAAUGAUGUACUGUAUUAAUUAACAGGUCUUGCAAUAGACCAGAACAUAUAAAAUUAUGUAAAUGCUUCUGUUAUAAUUACUGGGACUGUUUCCCUUUUUCCUUUUUUUUUCCAUUAAGAAAUUGUGGAUUACAAGGUGAAUUGAAAUGAAGAAGCAUUUGGUGGUUGUAAUGAAUGUUGACGGGUUUGGAACCUGAAGCCUUUGCAAAGUUGUGUAACGAUCCAGCUACAGUGAAUGUUAAUGGGGUACUUGGACAGUGCAGUUAUUUGUGAGGGAGCUGCCUUGCCAAGUGCAGAUUUUAAAACCUUUAACUGCAGUGCAGCACAUAUCCACUGAGUACAGUGUCCUGUUACCAGCAUUGUAGAGGUGUGUGCCAUGACUUGAGUAACCCAUGCACUCUUACCUAGGAAUCUAAACUGAUCUACAGUGUGGUAAUGCUGGCAAUGUACUAUUUAACCCUUUCAUCAUCCAGGCCCGUUAUGGAAAAGCAAACAUUAUUGCAGCUUUCCCAACUGUUUCCCCCUCAAGAGUUGCUCUCUCCUGGGUGUUUAUUGACAACUAUUUUGGCUAAAAUGCCAGUUGUAUUUUGCCAUUUUCUAUACUUAAUUCAGUUUGAAAUGUGUAAUAAUAUUGGUUGAAUUAAAAUCUUAUCAGCCAUCUGUGCAGACAGGUGGGUUUGAUGCUCCCUCCUUUGUAGAGGAGUUAGUGUAAGAAAGUACUCCAUCACACUUAAGGGAGAGGGAAUAUCCUGUAUUUGUCGCCCGGUCAUGGAGCAGUUUGGGCUGGAGUCUGAUAAUAGUUGAUGCCUAUUUCCUCUCUGCAUCAAACAUGGUGCAGUUAAAUGGGACAUCAUUUGCAUGACUUUUUAGCAUUAAAAGGAAGCUUAGGACAAGAAAAAAAUUGAAAUGCAGGGGUGUAAAUUCAUUUGGUUGCUAUAUAGAGACAUGGGCGGGUGAGGAUUCCUCCAUUUGGGGAUUGUUUAUAAGAUUUUCUAAAAAAAAAUUUAUCUGCAGUGUUCCCAUCCAAAGUGACCAAAGGGAUUUUGGCUGCAGUUUGAAGAUAUAUGAGUAGUGGUGAAAGGGUGAAACUUCCAAGAAGUGAGCUUGUUUUACCACUGUAGAUUUAAGUAAACCUGAAUAUUAGAAUGAGGAAAUUGAGAGAACACCAAGAAAUAUAUUUGCAUUUCCAAAUCUUCCUUUACUGUUACAUUUUAUGGCCACAAACCUUACCUUCAAGAUAAAUGAUAUGGAGGAUUGAGUCUCAUGACAUCAUGACGUUCUGCCAUAAAAUCAUAAAUUGUCAAUGGAACCACACGCUGUAUCAGAGCAGCUGGUUGGAAGGGAGAGGUUCUGUGUGGAAUGAUGUGACAACUCUUAGUCACAACAACACAGGAGCACCCACCCAUCAAUAAACUCGCACUAAGAGCUACGUAUUCAGUGGGUCCUUAAGUAGAUCUGAGGCAUUUUACAAUUAGAAACAGAAUUCAGAGGGAAGAUUUUCCAUGUGACUAGGCCAAUGUCUGCCACAUCUACUAUUUGCCAUUUCUCCCCAGGAGAUUCAAGGAGUAGAACAAACUUCUUUCUAAACCAAAUGACACAUGUUGCAUGUGCAGAAUUGGACUAAAACUUAACAAGGCUGCAUGCACCGUGAUAUGAAUCCACACAGUUUGAAUCAGAUAUGAAAGCACAUGAGCCAAGUAGCAUCUCCUGGGAUCUGAUCUGUGUGAUGUAUAUGCACCUCAUUUGACCCAGAGUGAUCCUUUCGGUUAACUUUCUGACCAGCUUGAUCAAGGCUAAAUUGUGAUUGAUUAGCUAAUAAAGCCUACACUCUAUAACAUCGUGGUGUUCUUUGUAAGUGGUCAAUGUUGAUUGAAGGUGGGAAAAAAGUUGACCGGUUGAGUUGUUGGGAAGAAGACAUUAGGUUGGGGCAUCAGAAUGAAUUGGAGUGGUGACCAUUUCCUGUCCUAGCUCCCUAUAUGUAGCUGCCUCUUCAGUUACUGCACAAACUAGCAGGCCAUUCUAACUGGCCACACUCAUUGUGACUCCACUGAGAUUUCUGCAAAGCACUUUUCUGAUGCAUCCAAUACUGAGUGCUAACAAAGGGAAAAAAAUUUAAGAGCUGUAUGUUUUUGUCAAAUAUAAAACGUAUUCAAGAACCAACAGGGAAAGGGGUCAGAGCACAGUCCUUGUUACUACGUCCAUUGCCAAGUGAAACGUUGAUUCUGUUUCACUAUUGUAAUUUGUCAGUUCUGGAUCAGUAACACCGGACUUCCUUUGUGGUUGUCUCCCAGGAGUGUUUGAUAUAUUGUGAGUGGGAAGAUGUUUUGCUGGGCAUUAAUUUACAGAAACAAAUGUGUUCCUGAUCGUUCAGGGUACUUAGCCCACUGUGGGAUUUAGACCACGUCUUGUUUUCUAUUUUUAAAAAAAAGUUUUUUCUUCCCUGUCUCUGUGCUGAAAUUUCCAGAUGAUUGGCAGCACAGUUUGUUGUACCAGUUAUUGCCAUUACUGUACAAAGUACCCCCUAUACCGAUAAGUGGAGGCUGUUGGUUAAACGUAGGGAAUGGAGUCGGCUCUGCAGCAGCUGAAGUACAUCACCAUUGUCUCAAAAUCAAGGCAGUCUUGGCAACAUUCCCAUAAAUUAAUUGCACUCUCACUAGUGCUGUCACAUCCCUGUUUAACCAUCCCUUGUGUCCAAACAGCUUCCCACCAGAUCCUUGAAGUACCAAGUACCUACUAAAUGAAAUAGUCAAGGGUUCCAGAUGUACCUUAGUGACUGACCAUAGUGUUUCAUUGGUGGAGGCCCUGGAGAUGUUUAUGGUCUCUAACUACCUUGUAGGACCAUGAAAUGGAAGGAAUGGAGAUCAAACCAUUAUAAAUGUAAUGGAUAAAUUCAGUGUCCAAGGAAUAGGAAUUCAUGGUAUUGGACUUAAUCGAUGCAGAAAUGUGAUUGGCUCAACUUAAGUACAUAAGGUUUAUUACAGCGAAGGGAAAGUGGCCCAGCUGUCCCCCUCAUUAACCAAGGCACAGUCAUCGAGACAGCAAUGGCAAAUCUUAGAAAUUGUAGAAGUGAAGAGAUUUCUGGCAUGCAAGACAGCCAUUGGGCCCAUCAUACCCAUGCCAGCCAACAUUGAAAUAUCCAGACUAACUACUCUCUAGUCUUGUAGGUUAUGGGAGAUGAUACAUUCUUCCAAAUUGUGUUUUUAAAACAUUUCUCCCUCCAUCCUGAUUUCAGACUGAGUUCCAGAUCCCCCCCCUUUGGUCAGUGAAAUAACUUUUCCCCAACUUGCCUCUCUUUUUUUGAUCCAAUUCCUCAACUCGUUACUGCCUGGUUACUGAUCUCUGCUCAGGGAACUAUCUUCUUCCUGUUCACUCUGGCUGGGUUCCUUAAUUUUAUACAUCACAAUUAAAUCUAUCUGCCUCCUCUGCUCCAAGGAAAUAAUCCCAGCCUAGACUAUCUCUUCUCAUAGUUACUGCAGUCUUGGCAACAUUCCCAUAGAUUAACUGCACUCUCACCAGUGUUGUCACAUCCUUCCUGCGGUGUGGUGCCCAGAACUAUACACAGUGCUCCAGCUGUGGCCUAAUUAAAGUUUAACACUGUUCUGGCGUGACAUCCCUGCCAUGAAUAACAGUGUCCCUUAUGCUUUCCUAUACCUCUUCUAUCUUCCAGGAUCUGUGUGCAGGCACACCAAGAUAUGCUGUAGUGAGAAAAGAACUUUCUUUGCCUCACAUCAGGAGACUCCUUUGAAAGAGUGACUACAGUCUCUUUGUCCUUUGGGGUCCAGCAGAGGUCCUGACCUUGGGUUCAGUGACAUUGGGUCAGAAGCUGAGCCAAUCAGUUCUGGAUCACUGGAUGAAACAAUUGGAAUGAAUGAGGGAAAGUAAUGUGUAGCCUUUCAGGGGGGUGGCAACAUUUGUUCAAGGGACAGACUGGAAGGACGACUGAUUUUAAAGAAAACUUGAUUGAAAGGCUUCAGUCAUAGAACGUAGCACAGGAACAGGCCAUUCGGCCCAUGAUGAUGUGCUGAACUAAUUAAUCUAAUAAUACCUAAUUAGACUAAUCCCUCUGCCUGCACGUGGUCCAUAUCCCUCCAUCCUGCGCAUAUUUAUGUGCCUAUCUAAGAGUCUCUUAAACAUUUCUAUCAUAUCUGCCUCCACCACCGCCCCUGGCAGUGCACUCCAAGCACCCACCACUCUUGCCCCGCACAUCCCCUUUGAACUUUUUCCCCCUCUAACAAACGCAUGCCCUUUGGUAUUAGACAUUUUGAUCCUGGGGAGAAAGAUACUGUCUGUCUUUCCAUGGCUCUCACAAUUUUAUAAACUUGCAUCUUUACCCAACAGUGAAGAGGUUGCUCCUCCUCGACCACAUUGAAAUGAUCGUGUCGCAUCUUAAAAGCACAUUAGUUUAAUGUUGAAAUAAAUAUAGAAAAUCCAGGUCAGGCAGCAUCAGUGAGAAGACAUUUCUGGUCAAACACCUUUCACCAGAGCUUCCAAGAUUCUGAGCAUUUUCUGAUUUCAGAUUCCCGGUGUCUGCAGUGUUGUGCUUUUGAGUUUGGCAUCGUCUGUGACCCAUCCCACUGUUGCACAUUCCCCAAACUAAAUGCUUUAAAGCUGUUCUACUGCACACAAUGUAUUUUGGAGAAUGUUUUUGAACUCCUUUGCUCUGUGUAUCUGCAACCUCUCAGCAUGACGCUGAGCUUUGGCUACAGUGAAGUUACGUUUGUAAUAUAUUCUUCCAGAGCUGUGCAAUUGAUUAGUUGGGGUAUUUGACCGAUACUAUUUUAGAAAUUAAUCCCAUCCCUCACACCAUGUGCCAGUCAUUUCUGUGAGCUCCAGCAACGCUGUUUCUGACUGUCUGCUAAUGGGCUUCGCCAGACUAUUUGGCUGUUCAUUGACAUGCUCUCCAAAUAUUCUUGCUGUCUUUGGCAAUGGCACUUAGCUCUUUCUUAGUAGCCUUGCUCAAAUCGCCAAGUCAAGAUCAUAAACAUGGUUCAUGCACAAUGCCGGUCUCCUGUGCCAAUAAACUCUUGAAAUGCAUUGGGUCGUACUGCACAGAAACAGGCCCUUCAGCCCAUCACGUCUACAGAACCUAUCUAUUCUAAUCCCAUCGUCCAGCACUUGGCCGCUAGUCUCUGUCCCUUGGUGAUUCAGGAGCUUGUCUAGAUUCUUAAUGUUGUGAGAAUCUCUGCCUGCUCUAAUACUUCAGGCACUGUGUUCCUGAUUCCAACCACCCUCAGGGUUUAAAAAAAAUUCUUCUUGGGGUUCCCUCUAGCUCUUCUGUCCCUCACCUUUAGUAUUUGCCUUCUAGUUUUAGAUGUGUCUCCUAUGGGGAAAUGUUUCUUACUUGGUUAAAACAAUUUGUAACUGAAUCAUUCUUAAUUGCGGCAGAGCCUCGUUACCCAGGUUGGUUGGACUGGUGAGUAAACAAUGCAGGGGGACGGCUGACGAGAUGUUACUUAAGGAGCAUGGUUGCAAGGGCAUCAUUGGGCUGUCAACAGGCUUCAUCCACCCCGUCAAACAGCCUUUGCCCUCAUUAGUCCCAGUCCCAUUCCCCUUCCCGCGCACGCACACCUCCAGUCACAGAGCACAGAAACAGACCCUUCGGCCCAAUGGUCCACACCAAACAAGAUUCUCAUCUAAGCUAGUCCCAUUUGGCCCAUAUCCCACUAAAACCUUUUCUAUCCAUGUGCCUGUCCAAGUAUCUUUUAAAUGUUGUUAAUGUACCUGCCUAAGCCACUUCCUCUGGCAGCUUGUUGCAUGUACGUACCACCCUCUGGGUGGAACUAGUUGCCCCUCAGAUUCCUGUAAAACCUUGUCCCUCUCUCCCUAAACCUAUCGCUUCUGAUUCUUGAUUCCCCAACCCUGGGAAAAAGACGGUGUGCACUGCCCCUCAGUCUUGUAAUUAAAAACUAAAUUAUCUGAAGAAAAUAGAGCAAGCACACUUUUUUAAAAAAUGGACUCUGUUCCUUUUUUGCCAGGGGUUGCUCACAGCAGUGUCUUUGAAAUUGAUCUUUAAUUUCUGUAGGCUUGACAACCCUUGGGAUAUACGUUUGUGCUGGUGUCUUUAUUUCGGGUUUGCAUCACUGGGGGCAGAAGGUGCAUUUGUGGGGAUGAUGUGUCACUGCACUGAGGUUUAUUGUGGUGAGCUGUGGGUGGUUUUAACUCUAAAGCCUACAUAGAGUAGAGCAUUGGGUAGAGAGCUGUGGUAUCCCUCAGCAGGGAAGAGAGAUGAUUGGAGGAAGUGAGCAGAGCCCUGCAAAUGGAGACUGAGAAUUGCUGAGUUCUCUGCCAGUUGCAUGUACAUGUUCUCCAAACUGCAACCCGGGGAGGGGUGAGUUGUACAAGUUCACCCCAUCUCUCGGUAAUAAAGUUUUAAAAAUCUGGGUAGGAUUUUUGUUAGAUGCUUCAACCCCUCCUCAGCUUUUAAAUGUCAUAAAUCCUCCACAGCAGGUGCCAGUUAUGAUCUGACUUCAUGUUAAAACGAGCACUGGUACAUUAAAUGUUAUUUAUGGAAUAUACAGUUGCCAGCUUAGAACAGUACGGUACAGACCCCUCAGCCCACCAUGUUGUGCCGACGUAUCUAAAACUUACUCAAUCUAACCCUUCCUUCCUACACAGCUCAUAACCCUCCAUUUUUCUUGCAUCCAUGUACCUAUCCAAGAGUCUUAAAUGUCCCUAUUGUAUCAGCCUCCACCACCACCACCCCCAGCGGUGCGUUCCAGGGACCCACCACUCUGUAAAAAGCCUACCUCUGACAUCUCCCCUGAGCUUUCCUCCACUCAUCUUAAAGGGAUGUCCUCUGGUAUUGGCCAUUGCCGAUACUUUGAAUUAUUCGCCCAAGUAGUUGGUCUUCAGCAGUACACUACUGUUCAUUGAUAGAGUCAUAAUCAUACAGCACAGAAACAGAGCCUUCGGCCCAACUUGUCCAUGCCGACGAUCUAUAUCUCCCAAUGUCCUCUUCACAACUUGCCUUCCUACCAAGCAGUAUCAGCAUAUUUAACGAUGAUAACUUUGGUGCCUUUGUCCAAAUUAUUUAUAGAAAUUUUAAAAGUUGAUGUCCCUGCAUAGAUUCCUACAGCACACCACUUGUUACAUCUUGCCAAUCAGAAACAAAACCCUUUUAUGUUUACUCUCCAUUUUCCAUUUGUCAACCAAUCUUCUCUUCAUGCCAACACGUUACCUCCAAUGUUGCGAGCUUUAUUUCCUGCAGUAAUCUUUGAAGCAUAGCUUAUCAAAAUGGCUUCUGGAAACCCAGUAUAGUAUAUCCAUUGAUUCCCCUGCAUCCACAGUACAUCUUACUUCUGCAAAGAACUCUAAUUAAUUGGUCAAGCAAGCUUUCCUUUCUGGUGUGCUACUCUGGAACUUUCCUUGUGAAAUUGUACAGUUUGAGGAGGAUUGUUGCUGCGCUAAUAAACCUUGACCCUGUCUAAUCAGUGUGAAUCCAUUCCUGGUGACUAAUUUCUUUAACUGGCACUGAUAGAACUGGUGUUUCCUUGUUCUUGUGUUUGCCGUCUUCCCCCGUGUAUGUUCAUAAUCUGCGCACUGUUGCUGUGUUGAUUAUGCGCAGUAAGGCACUCAGUGAAGACACUUAAUUGAUUGUCCAAUAAAAGCAAAAUAGAAUUGGAGCCUUCUGUGCAUCCUUUGAAUUCUUAUGCCUUUGUCAUCCUCACCUGGGAAUGUCUGUGUGUUUAUGCCUUUUACAUUGGCUGAAGCCACUACAUAGAUCACAGAAGAGGCCUAUUUUUCCAUCUUGGCACUGGAGAUUGGGAGCCUCAUUUGCCAAGAUUCAUCUCUGAAAUCCAGCUGUGCAUCAUCCAAUUUUAUUUUUUUGUAAUUUUAAGACAUUAAGGAAUUCUGCUGUCCCCCAAAUCUCAGGGUAAGGAUCAGGGUGGGUGCAAUUCCCUGCUUGGAGAACCAGGUCAGAAUGUUGUUCUGUAAAAAAAAUUAUUAUUAUUUUCAAAGUCUUGUCACUUUUCUGAGUUUGAACCCGGUGCGGAGAAUCCACGAUUUUUAUGUUGGUGAACCUGGUCUUGAUUGCUGAUUGGUUUAAGAGUAUAGGCAGCUGAGUGCACUUGUAGGGUAGAAGUUCAUUUCAGCCCCUUGGCAAACUGUCUCCAGACACAGAAAGCCCACAAUAUGGGCCAUAUGGGAAGUCCGUGGCUACUGUGAUUUACCCCUUGUCCAAGUGAGUGGCAGGAAGAUCAGGGUGGAGAUGAUGGGCAUAUGAGAGGGAUUAGGGUUUAGGGAAAUACAUGGGGAAUGGGGUUGUGCUGAGACCAGGGAUAGACUAGAUGGACUGAAUGGCCCUGACUUCCAUACCGUUGGAAAAUAUGAAGGUCUUGGAUGUGAUGAUGGGGCUGGACAAUAACUCGUGUUUUUAUUUUGUUUGAUCACUGAAAAUUAGCCUUUAACUAGGUCGUAGUCAUCCUAGAAACUGUCCAAGAUCUGUUCUGUUUUGGAGAUGACAUAUUUAAACCUGUUCACUGGUCCUUUCCCCUUUAGUGAUGAAGCAUUCCAAUCUAGUUAAAGAACAGUGACAACUUGGAAGCACUGUGGCAACUUGGAAGCACUGUAUCUGAUCCUCAAUUAAAUAUUAAUUGUAUGUAAUUGGCUCACAGUAUUCAAACCCACAUGCACAUUGACAACAAUAUGAAGAUAAUAUAUUCAGAGCUACAUUGCUCUUAUUGACUCUGUUUAAACAUGUUGGUUUUGUGAAGCUGUAGGGAUCUUAGGAGUUUAUGGAAAAGAUUUGAUUUUAGGAGUAUUGUCUUCCUGUUGCUAGUGUUUUGAAAGUAAGCUUUUAAACUGAAAUGUGCCUGAAACUUGACUAAAAAGUAAGGUUUGUGUGUGAUAGUGGAGCUCAAAUAAUUGGAAAAUUACCACAAUGUUUGUGUAACUGUUUAGCUCAUGAAUCUUUGAACAGAUUCAUUGACCACAUACACCCCAGGAUCACUGUUCAGUUUAUCUGUGUGAUGUAGCUGGCAGUUUGGCUUGUGACUCUUCAAAGAAAAUGUUAUUCAGGUCUAACUUCCAAUCUGGGUCAGUAUUGUCCAACUCAGCGUUAGCAUUGGUGGGUGAGGAAGGUGGGGGGAGGAAAUGGAAUUUUGUAUGUUGCCCCUUUCCCUAUAAACCAUCCACCCAUCCUGUCAGGCACUUCCACCCCUCUGUGGAAAAGUCUAUGGGUCCCUCCCAUUGGCCUCAACCAAUCAGAGCCCACCAAACUGGAAUGGCAGCAAGUCACGAGGGACCGUCCCAAGAAGAUGAUAAUUCGCAGGCGCCAUUCAUGUGCAGACAUGCACUUGUGUAUGUAAAUACACUUGCAUGCAAGUGCAUACAUGCACAUUCACGUUACAUGCUUCUUAGGAUACAAAUUCAUACACACACACCUUGUGCUGGAGGGACAGGAACUCCCCAGGUGCAGGUAGAUUUAUGGACUCAGCUUGUUUGUUGUAAAGAGUUUCUGAUUUACUACUUGUUGCCUGCUGCCCCAACACUAACUCCCAUCCCUCCUUCCAUCCAUAUCUCAUCAGAGGCAGAGCCCAUACACACAGGAUUGCCUUGCCAAUUUAUCUAAGGGCUGUUUAAAAACCUGAAUCUUCAAGCUGGUGUUUACCCCUCAAUCCCCUGUACAAUAUUCUCUCUUCAGCCUACUAUUGAUUCUGGUGAUGCUGAUCUUUGGCAGACUUGAGGAUAACUGUCCUGAAUCAGUUCCCUCUGCAGAUUUAACCCAAUUCCAAAUAGUUUCCUGCCAGUGUAUUGGUUUUGAAAUGGAGCAAUUUGUGACUUGCCUUCAGAUGGAGAAAAGAAUUUGAAAUGGAGUUUAAAAAAAAGUCUGAUUUAGUCAGAUUUACCCAAAUUGUUAUAUUAAAAAAAACAUUUCUUGAAUGAAUUUUUAAAAAGAGAAAUGGUAUCUUCAAAUAUGAACUCCAGAGUUCAAAUUUAUUUCUGUUGACAGUGGUAAGAAUAAUAGUAAAAUCUUUUAACAACAAAAUAUUAUCUUAAAUUUUUAUUUGAAUGUUAAAAUGUAGAUGGAAAUGUGAACCUAUGAGCGUAUUAUAAGCCUGUUGUUCCUAUGUUAAUGUAAAAAAAAUGUGUGAAGUAUAAAGAGGUUUUAAAAUGAUUGAGUUUGUGUUGUUGGUAUCGUAGAGAUUUCAUAUCUGAUUUUUUUUCUUAAUAAACUUAAUGAUGUUUUGUUUGUCAAUAGUGACCUUCAUUUAAAAUAAACUUG